GUCACCAAGUAAUGAAUCAUCGACUUAAAUAACACAAGGAUUCUUCUUCGGACACUACUAAAAACACUCUCUCUGUUUCUUCCUCCUUCCCAUUUUUACAAUAAUCCAACUCUCUUUCAACAGAAGUUUCGAGAUAAAUAAAUAUCGAGAAGUGUAUUCAACUGGGAUUUUAAUAAGACUUUGAUAAGACGGAGGUUUUUUUGUUUUACAGAGAGAUAUGUGGGAUUUCCAUAGAAGACGCUUGACUACAAUUCUGAUUCUGCUGCCAUUGGUUUUGAUUUCAGUGAUUGCUUGUAAAUUUUCGUUUUCUUCUCCGUUGGCUUCGGGGAAGAAAUCUUCAGUUUCGAGUUUCUUUGAUUCUGGCAAAUAUCAGAGUGAAAAGCCCUUGAAUUUAGUUGAAGGAGUUGAUGAUUUUCAUGCCCAAAAUCCAGCUUCCUCUCCUAAUUCUCCUUUGGAUUCUGCGUACAUCUCACCCUCUCCCGAGCCCGUGAGUGAAAUAUUAUACUGGGAUGACCAGCCUCAAGAAGAAAAAAUUUUGCAAGGAAACAACAGUUUUGUGUACAUCUCACCAUCUCCAGAGCCUGCAAGUGAUAUCUACCGGGAUGAUCAGAAUGGAAAGGAAGUUAUUCUCCAAUCAAACAGUAGUUCUAUCCCUGUGAAUGGAAGUAUUGAUUCUAAUCAUGAAACACAAACUAUAAGGAUAUAUAGUAGGCUAGAAAAGAUCGAGGCCCGAUUGGUGAAAGUUCGACAAGCCAUAAAAGAAGCUGUUCCCAAUCGAAAUAUGACCUCUUUACAUGAAGAUCCAGAUUAUGUGCCCCGUGGUCCUAUGUACAGGAACGCCAAUGCUUUUCAUAGGAGCUAUCUGGAAAUGGAGAAAUUAUUUAAGAUAUAUGUUUAUAAGGAAGGUGACCGACCUCUGUUCCACAACGGGAUCUGCAAAAGUAUAUACUCUACAGAGGGAAGAUUGAUUAGUGAACUUGAAAAAGGCACUUUGUACAAAACAGAGGAUCCAGACGAAGCACUUGUAUAUUUUUUGCCAUUUAGUGUGGUUAUGCUGGUUGAAUACCUCCAUAUACCUGGAGCAAGGGAAAUACAUGCCAUUGGAAACACCGUCGCUGAUUACAUUAAAGUAAUAUCUCAGAAGCAUCGUUUCUGGAACCGAAGCCAGGGUGCAGAUCAUUUCAUGGCUUCUUGUCAUGAUUGGGCGCCUCGUACAACUUCUUACGUGCCCAACUUAUUCAACAAUGCCAUACGGGUUCUAUGUAAUGCUAAUACCUCAGAAGGAUUUAAUCCGUCAAAAGAUGUAUCGUUGCCAGAGAUCAAUCUGUUGACAGGUGAAAUCACAGGCCUUGUUGGCGGUCCCUCUCCUUCAAAACGUCCAAUUCUUGCUUUCUUUGCUGGUCGUCUACAUGGACACAUAAGGUACCUUCUCUUAGAGCAAUGGAAAGAAAAGGACAGCGACGUCCAAGUUUAUGAAAGUCUCCCAAAAGGAGUAUCAUAUCAAACAAUGCUUAGAAGAAGUAGAUUUUGCUUGUGUCCAAGUGGAUAUGAGGUUGCUAGUCCGCGAGUAGUUGAGGCCAUAUAUUCGGAAUGCAUUCCAGUUCUGAUAUCUGAUGGGUACAUUCCACCUUUAAGCGAUGUUCUAAAUUGGAAGACAUUCUCUGUUCAAGUGGAUGUCAAGGACAUUGCUAAUAUCAAAACAAUAUUGAUGAGCAUAUCUCAACGUCAGUACCUGAGAAUGCAUCGGAGAAUAAAGCAAGUUCAAAGGCAUUUUGUGAUGAAUCCAAGUCCAAAGAGAUUCGAUUUUUUUCAUAUGAUGAUUCAUUCGAUUUGGCUACGGAGGUUGAAUGUUCGGAUUGAGGACUGAUCACAGUUUCGGUAUGUAUUUAAUAUAGGCUUGACCUCAUUCUUUUUUAUCAAAAAUAGUCCAGAUUAAAACAUAUUAGUUGUCAGGUUUUGGCUUAAUCUCAAUCUUUGUAAAUCAUAUUGGAUUCUUUAAUGAUUAAAACUUUAUAGUACAAUCUAUAACAGUAGGGUUUAUGUCAAA